AUGUCGGCAGUGUUCGAUCCAACAAUAUCGAGCAAAGAGAGCAUGGCAACCGUUCAACGGCUGCUCGACGAGAAUAGCGCUCUCAUACAAACGAUCAAUCAACAACAGAAGCUGGGUCGACUCGACGAUGUAGUGAAGUAUCAACAGCUUUUGCACCGAAAUCUCGUCUAUUUGGCGCGGGUGGCUGAGGAUUCAGCGCUUUUGAGAGAAUUACAAGGCGACGAGCAACAAGCAGCGAUUCCCUCUUCGUCCACAAACGGCGAUCAAACGAUGCACACGGAACACGAAUUGAAGCCAACAAUGAUGUCUACGCAACAACCGGCACACCAUCUACAUCAACAAGAGCAGCGGGGCGCUCCAUCGAUCACCACACAACUGCCACAGGGACCUUCAAGUCAACCGCACACCCCGCUACAGCAGCAUUUGCAACAGGCCUCCACUCCUCAACCGAUGCCUCGUGGUUCGCCGAGUGGUGCUCCGAUGACCUCGCCGGGACAACAGAUGAUGGGUCAACAACAGCCUCCACAACAACCACAACAGCAAUACUAUCCGGGAGGCGGACAACCAUCACCUGGUCAACGAUAUCCGCCACAAGGACAACAAAUACCACCACAUCCGUACAACAUGUCACAGCAAAUGAUGGGUCAAGGUCAUCCAAUGCAACAACAUCCAGGUCAACCAUCACUCGCACAUCAGAUGGGCCAUCAAUCGCUACAAGUCCCGCACGGUCACCAAAUGCAAGGGCAACCCUCUCCAUCGCAACAAGGACAAAUGCCGUCACACUACUACAAUCAGGCUCCACAACAAGGCUACCCGGGAAUGGGCCCACCACCGCAGCACAUGAUGCAUCCACAACACCCACAGAUGUCCCAACAAGGCCCACCGCCCGGCUACUCAGCACAAAUGUACGGAGGAUACGGACAGCAGCAUCAACCACCUCCCAAUCAACAGCAACAACCAUCCGCUCAACAACAACAGCAAUUUAUGCGC